AUGUCUGUUCCCGCCUUUUCCGACAUUGCCAAGCCGGCCAACGAUCUCCUUAACAAGGACUUCUACCACCUGUCGGCCACCACCUUCGAGUUCAAGGACACUGCCCCCAACGGCGUCGCUUUCAAGGUCACUGGCAAGUCCAGCCACGAGAAGGCCACCUCUGCGGCUAUUGAGGGAAAAUACACCGACAAGCCUUCUGGUAAAACUCCCCGCCCCAAGUCUCACCGUCGUCCCGGUAUACGACGAGAUGGCUCCCUCCCUGUCGUUUCUGUAUCACGCAUUCUCGGGUCCGCCGCCGGCUGGCCGCUCGAGUUCGCUGCUACCAUCCAACCCGGCUACGCUCAGCUGCUAACGAGGUAUACGCGUACAGGCCUCACCUUGACCCAGACCUGGAACACGGCCAACGCCCUCGACACCAAGCUCGAGGUCAACGACACCCUCGCCAAGGGCCUCAAGCUCGAGGGUCUCUUCAACUUCCUGCCCGCCACCGCCGGCAAGGGCGCCAAGUUCAACCUCUUCUUCAAACAGCCCGGUUUCCACGGCCGUGCCUUCUUUGACCUGCUCAAGGGCCCCGUUGCCAACGUCGAUGCCGUUGUCGGCCACGAGGGCUUCCUCGCCGGUGCCUCUGCUGGCUACGACGUCAACAAGGCUGCCGUCACUGCCUACAGCGCUGCUGUUGGGUACGCUGCUCCCCAGUACAGCGCUGCCGUCACUGCCACCGACAACCUGAGCGUCUUUGCUGCUUCCUACUACCACAAGGUCAACAGCCAGGUCGAGGCUGGUGCCAAGGCUACCUGGAACUCCAAGACUGGCAACACUGUCGGCCUUGAGGUCGCCAGCAAGUACCGCAUUGACCCCGUCUCUUUUGCCAAGGUCAAGAUUAACGAUCGCGGUAUUGCCGCCCUCGCUUACAACGUCCUCCUCCGUGAGGGUGUUACCCUGGGUCUUGGUGGUUCUUUCGACACCCAGAAGCUCGACCAGGCCACUCACAAGCUCGGUGCUAGCUUCACUUUUGAGGGUUAA